GGGGCCGGGGCGGCGGAGGCGGGGCCAAGAUGGCGGUGUGCAUCGCCGUGAUCGCCAAGGAGAACUAUCCUCUCUACAUCCGGAGCGUUCCAACUGAGAAUGAGCUGAAGUUCCAUUACACUGUGCACACCUCUCUUGAUGUCGUGGAUGAGAAGAUCUCUGCCAUGGGCAAAGCUCUCAUAGAUCAGAGAGAACUCUACCUGGGGCUCCUCUACCCCACUGAAGACUACAAGGUAUACGGCUACGUGACGAACUCCAAGGUGAAGUUUGUUAUGGUGGUGGAUUCCUCCAACACAGCACUUCGAGACAACGAGAUCCGCAGCAUGUUCCGAAAGCUGCAUAAUUCAUACACAGACAUCAUGUGCAACCCCUUCUAUAACCCUGGGGACCGCAUCCAGUCCAGGGCUUUUGAUAACAUGGUGAACUCCAUGAUGAUGCAGGUGUGCUGAAGCUCUGCUUCGUCCCUUCUGAGCCCUGAGAACCUUGCCCCUGUACAGGAGCCUGUUUACAAAGUGAUGUAAAUAUUGUCUGUAAUAUUUUAUGUGUGUUCUUUGUAAAAUAAACCUGACACCUGCAA